UUGUAUUUCAUUCUCGGCUCGCACGUUGGCGUGCACGGUUCGGUACAGCGCGACUUUCAACUUCGAAUUUCGAAUACAACUUUCGAGCUCGUGGAAAGGCGCAUCGAAUGCAGCUACUAUCGGAAGCGUAGCGCAAUUUCCUAACAGUUGGCAUUGAAGCGGCUUUUGUUUAAUGCCCAGGUUUUCGUUGAUGAAAUUUGAGUUGCCCAGCGGCGAGAGAUUUUUUUGCUUUCGGCCGAGUGUCGCAAGUUUCUCAAAACAAAAACAAACCCGAAAAUAUUCAAAGUGCAGCAUAUACAAUUAAGUAGGUGUCGUUGUCGUUGUUGUAUUAUUAUUAUUUUUAUUUUUAUUACUGAGUGCAUUGUGGCUAAGAUAAAGAGAUAGAGAGACGAUCAUGUGGCUGCUAAACAUUGCCAUCGCCUAUUGCGUGCUCCUGCCAGCCGCGCGAUGCUUCGAGAUGAACAUGACGCAGUACUACGAAAUGCCGCAGCUAUACGACUUUGAUGACUACGAUCGCUGCCUGCAGGAGUAUGGAGCCGGGACCUACUGCUUUGUGCGCGCAGAGGUGCAGCCGAAUAGCACAGCGGCCGCCUGGCGUGCCAUCCAGGAGAUCUCGAAAUAUGACAGACAUCACUUCGAUCAUCGCCAGCUCUACUUUGGGCUCUGCCUGCACAAAUGCGAAGCGCAGCUGGCUGAACUCGAUGCCAAUGCCCGGCAGAAGUUGCAGACGGGCCUUCUGACGGACAAUGCCAAGGUGAACGUGUACCUGCAGCUCUUUAACAUGGAGGCAAGCAAUCGGGCGCGUUACAACAAUCUGACCAACGCCUGCCUCAACUGGCGCCUACAGCAGCGACAAUACGAAGUCCAGGCCCGGAGUGUUGUGGAAUACUGUGAUACGGCUGCAACAGCUGGUAAAGUCAGCGAUGAAGAUGAUCUGUGGAAUGUGAGCUUCUAUGUGCUGGUCUUUGUUCUCAUUCUGCUGGCCUGCCUGAGCAGCCUCAUCGACUUGCAUCUGAAGCGUCGUCGUCAUGACAAAAUGUUGAAGGAGCGCGAUCAUUACAAGACGCCGCCUCGCAGCCUGGUCACGCGUCUGCUGCUCACUUGCUCCAUAGCUAGGAAUUGGUAUCGCCUGAACCAGGAACCGAAUGGCAAGAUCGGACGCGAAUUGCGUUUUCUCGAUUGCUUCAAGUUCUUUGCCAUGUUCCUGGUGAUCUUUGCGCACACCAAUUGGGUAAUCUAUGAGAGCGCCAUCAGCAAUCCCCAAGAUCCGGAACGCCUGCUGCACACAGCUGCCGGCACACUCCUCAUCUCCGGCUCCCUAAUCACAGUCACGUUCUUCGUGAUCAGCGGCCUGUUGCUGACCAUCAACUGGCUGGCGGUGACUCGCGCCUUGGCGGAUGACAAGCUUGGGACAUGGAGUUUCGGCAAAUAUGCUGCGCUCUUUGUCAAGUUCAAUGUCUUUCGCUAUAUCCGAUUAACGGUGCCCUAUGGCUUCGUGGUGCUGCUGAGCGGGGUUUACUUUGAGAAUGCCGGCGGUCCGCUCUGGCGGCACAUUUACCAACGGGAACAGCUCGCCUGCCGCAAGAACUGGUGGACCAAUUUGCUCUUCAUCAACAAUUAUGUGGGCACCGAUGAGCGGUGCCUGCUGCAGGGCUGGUAUUUGGCCUCGGACACGCAAUCCUUUGCCUUGAGCCUGGUGGUGCUGAUGCUGGGCCAUCGCUUUAGUCGCUGGAGCAAGCAGAUCUAUGGCAUUGUCCUCGGCAUCUUUAUGGUGCUGCCAGCUGUGCUGACCUACGUCAUGGACUAUUAUCCAGUUUUUCUGCCAACUCCGCAAACACAGAAGGACUCGUUUAUUGGCAAUACUCAGUUUACUGAAUUCUAUACAUCAUUCCAAAUGAAUUUUGGCUCCUACUUCUGCGGCGUCCUGGCGGCCAUUGCUUACGAUCAGCUAUCCGUGAGGCAGUACAAACUGCGUGAGCUGCGCAGCUUCCAAUUUAUGUGGUUCACGCUGAUUCCAAUCGGUGUUCUCUGGCUCUUUACGGCGCAUCCCAUCUACCAGCAUUACUAUGCGGAGACGCCACGCCUUUGGGGCGCCCUCUAUGCGACCGUGCAGCGCAACCUGUGGGGCUUUGGUCUGGGCAUAUUCGUGGUGGGCAUGGCCGCCAAAGUGGGAUGGAUCAUACGCAAAUUUGCCUGCCUGCCAAUCUUUCGGAUUUUGGGACGGCUCACAUAUGGCGCCUUUAUAGUGCACCUCUUGGUGGCUCGAGUGGCCCUCGCUACGGUGCGUGAGCCCAUUUACUUUGGCACCGGGACUAUGUUUGCAUAUAUAUUUUACGUGCUAUGUGCCUCUUAUUUGGGUUCCCUUGUUUUGGCUAUAUUUUUGGAGUUACCCGUCUCGUCAUGUCUUAAACUAAUGCGCUAGUCAAGGAUGAAAAUUAAAUUUCUGAUGGCACUUGUUUAAAGCCUAAAGUGAACUUAAUCAAGCUCAGCUUAAAAGCUUUUAAAUAAUUGUGUUAUUUACAGCUUGGUAAAUUAUUAAUUCGAAGAAGCUUCAUUUAAUUAGAUUUUUUGUAUAUAUAUGUAUAAUCUGGGAGCUUUCAGCAAGUGUCAGCAUUACUUACACUAUACUUUUAUUUAUGCUAAAGAUUUUACUUAUAAAGAAACCUAGACUUAAGUAACUUAACCUUAAUAAAUUCGAUUAUCAAAUUGAUAAAUCAAUUUGAGUGGAUGUAGGUAUUGUAACGUAUCCUCACAGCAAAUCGGUAAAUUCAGAGGUGUAUUAAAAAUACAUAUAUAUUAUAUGAAAAAUUUA